UCACCGGUUUCCGGCAGCCGAUUCUCCGCCAGGACUCAGUGAUCGUCAGCGGAGCUGACAGGGGAGAGGUCUGUAUGAACAGGCUGCUUUGUAUUGCUCUGCAUAGCAGAAUACAAAGCAGCAUGUCUCCCUAGUAAAACACACACAGCACACUGGUAACCCUUUGAUUGCCCCAGAUGUUAACCCCUUCCUGCCCAGUGUCAUUAGUACAGUAUCAGUGCUUUUUAUUAGCACUGAUCACUGUAUUAGUGUCACUGGGGAUGUCAGUGGCAGUUAGUCAGUUCCCCCCAGUGUCAGAAUGCCCGCCACAGUCCCGCUAUAAGUCUCUGAUCUCCACCAUUACUAGUAUA